AUGUCCACAGAAUUCGCUUACAGACGUGAGCGUCCUAAUUUAGUUGCAAAAUUAAUGGGCAUCGAUCCCCUUCCCAGACGGGAACCUGGCCCAACUACACAAAGAAGCCACUCUAGAAUUCAUCCUCAGAAUAAUUCCACGGAUUUCCCUUUGAAUUACUCCGAGCCACAGAAUGCAUACUUCAACUACAUAAAUCCAAACGAGAAAAAAGAUGUUCGGGUCAAAUGGCAGAAACGACAGAAAUAUGAGGACAACGUAAAUGACAGGAAGAUGAAUCUUGUCCGCCAGAAGUUCAUGGAGGCCAAACGCCUGUCCAUAGACGAAAAACUCCAUCAGUCCAAGCAAUUCCAAGAUGCAGUGGACGUACUAAGCUCCAAUAGGGACUUGUUUCUCAAAUGCUUGCAAGAACCGAACCAAAUGUUUUCCAGGCACCUUCACGGCCCUCCAGAAAUGAAUCGGAUCACCGUUCUUAAGCCUUCAAAGGUUGCAAACAGCUAUGAUCUCACUGGAUCCAGAUACAAAAACGAGAAAUAUAUAAAAAAAGGCACCUUUAUCCAACCGAAUCGUUCAGAGAUAAUCCAUCCUGGAAAUCCAACUCAACCGACACGGAUAGUAGUUUUGAAGCCAGGUCCUAAGAAGCUUCGUGAUGCGGAGGUUAUUGGCCCCUCUCAGUCGCAUCUACUGAAAAUACCAUUCAGUGAGGAAUUUUUUGGGGAUGCAGAAGAUGAUGAGUGCCGAAAAUCGAGAAAAGUGGCAAAAUCAAUCACGCAACAGAUGCGCGAAAGACUCGGGGGUCACCACCAGGGUGAAACCUUGGUUUCCUCCAAUUUUUUUUCCAAUGGUUAUGCUGGGGGCGAGAGCUCAUUUGAUAAAUCGGAAAUCGAGUGUGAAGACGGUAACCCCAGUGAUUUAGAAGCCUCCUCGCCAGUUUCUAGGCAUUCAUGGGAUUAUGCUAACAGGCUUGGGAGUCCGUACUCGUCUCCUGUGUUUACAAGGGUGUCUUAUUCUCCGGAGUCUUCGGUUUGUAAAGAAGCCAAGAAACGUUUGUCUGAGAGAUGGGUCCUGAUGGCCUCCAAUGGGAGCUGUCCAGAACAAAAGCAUUUCCAGAGAAGCUCGAGCACCUUGGGCGAGAUGCUUGCACUGCACGAGACAAAGAAGGAAGGUCCUCACAGGGAAGACGAAAGUUGUUUUGAACUCUUUGUUGGUGAGCAAAAAAGAGAAGAAGAUGUGGAUUGCUCGCAUAGAAAUUUAAUGAGGUCGAAAUCAGUUCCUGUUUCGUCUACUGAAUUUGGAUUGCUGUAUCCGGUUAUUCCGGUGUCGGACAAGACGAACCCGGGGUCUCUGAGGGAGGACGUGAAGGAAGCAAGUGUUGUAUCGUCCUUCAAAGGGAAAGUUUCCAGCUUGUUCUUCUCAAGGAAUAAAAAAACUGUCAAGAAUAAGUCGCCUGUUUUGGGAACUAAAGAUGAAGCUCACUCGUUACUUGGAGAAAUUUACAGUGAUAAAACUGAAAGUCUGAGUGAGAAAGGGUCCGGCAGUGAAACACCUGAGCUUAAUUUAACUGGCAAGCAGGGCAUGAUAUCCCCUGAGAUUGGAUUUGCCAUGGCAGAACCUAUUGCAUAUGGAAACAUAGGUGGAAAACACGAUCAGCCUAGACCGAUUUCUGUGUUGAAUCCACUUUUCGAGGAGAAUGAACAUACAGCAAAGCCUUGUGACCAGCAAGGAGUUCCGAAGCUACAUAAUUGUAUUGGGCCAAGCUUGAUUGACAAAUCACCGCCCAUAGGAUCCAUUGCCCGCACCUUAUCAUGGGAAGGCUCUUGUUUGAAAACGACAGCCUCAUUUCAUUCCAAAUCCGAACACGAACCCUUUACCACCACCCGAAAAACAGAUGACAAACUACAAUGUUUUUCCCUUGUCAGGACUUUAUUAUCUGCAGCAGGCCUCCAAGGCAGAGUGCAGUCCGGCUCAUUUCUUGCCAAGUGGCACUCGCCCGAGAGCCCUUUGGACCCAUCUUUAAGAGAAAACUACAUCGAUAAUUCAGAUGACACGCGGCAUUAUGAUGUAUCUAUACAGGAACUCGUAUUUGACUGCGUAAAUGAAGUCUUAACGGACAUUGCAGGGGAAAACGAAAUGGGUUCGCGCCGAAAAUCGACAAAGGCCGACAGUUGCCUCACGGAAGCUGUGUGGGCCCGGAUGAAAGUGUGGUUUCAUGGCGAGGAAGAUGGUUGUGGGGCCCACUACAGCCUGGCGGUGGAUCGGGUGGUGGGAAGAGAGGUUGCGGGGGAGGGGUGGAACCGUAAUUUAGGGUCGGAGAUGGAUGAGUUGUUGAUGGAGAUGGGAAUGGAGCUUCUAGAGGAGCUCGUGGAGGAGACUUUGGUUGAGUUCACAGGUACAGAGUCUUAA